AGGUUUAAACGAAGGUUAUUUGGUGAUUUAUUCAUGUUAAUUUUCAAGCAACGUGGAAGGGUGUUAUACUCCAGUCUAGUGAGUGGCGGUAAUGCAACAUUUGUUGGAUGCCAACCACCGUUAAACCUCCUCGAAGAAGAAGAACGUUAAACUGCACCACACCGCUAGAUGGCUGUCCAGGUUAACUUCGGUGUCAGCAGCUCAUCUGGUGUCAAUCAGUCUGAUUUCUCAGAGGUUUUGUCCAAGAAGUCCUGUCGACUGUCUGUGAUGUUAUUCCCCCCCCUCUCCAUGGUUUUACAUGUGAUGCAGGAACAAUGUGUAGCCAAUAUGCAAAACGUCCCGGUAUGUAGGUGAGCAUGCAUGUUCCCCAUGACGCGCCAGACACCGUGAACGUGCUUCGGGCUGCUGUUACUAUAAUGCAAUGGCGGCGGUGCUGUGCACCAGAGAUGGAUGAGUUACCGGUUCAAAUCCGCUCGACGCAGACACCGUGGAUUAGGAAACACACCUCUGUCCAGAUCAACCGAAUUCGUAACUGUUUGGUGAUUUAGCCUCAACGUUACUUUAGGAAUGUGUCUAGCAGGGUUAGCUAACGAGCCAAUGCCAGUCUGUGCCAGGGUGAUGUAGGGCUUUUCCGCACAUCUGUCUGCAGUAGCCACCACCCGCCUGCUAACGUUACACCAGGCAACCGGCUGAACAUCACUCCGUCCCUCGACGGGGAGUCUCGGCCCACUCGGACCGGAACAUCAUGGCUGAGAGGAAUUCUACCGGAUUACUAAUGAUGUUGGAACCGAGCCCGGCUAUCGCCAUGUCACUGCCGGUGGAGGUCCGGGAGAAGCUGGCGGAGUUGGAGCUGGAACUUUCGGAAGGGGACAUCACACAGAAGGGAUAUGAGAAGAAGAGAGCCAAGCUGCUGGCCCCCUACAUCCCUCAGAUACAAGGUGUAGAACCAUCUCUGCAGAAGGAGAACAGGAUCCAGAUGUCUCAGGCUGCUCCACCAGGAUCCAAACACAACAAGUCUCGGGCCACCAACACGCGGGAUGAACGCUUCAGAUCUGACCUGCAUACAGAAGCCGUUCACGCUGCCUUGGCCAAGUACAAAGAGCGGAAGAUGCCAAUGCCCUCCAAGAGACGCUCUGUUCUAGUUCAGUCCUCUGUAGAGGCAUGCACUCCCCCAGACACGUCCUCGGCAUCAGAAGACGAGGGUUCACUGCGUCGUGCGGGCCGGAUGGUGUCCUCCACGCCGUACCAGAACCACCCGGCGCCGAACGUAGAACACUGGUUUAACAGAGUCAUCCAGGGCUCCUCCACCUCCUCCUCUGCAUCCUCCACCUCAUCCCAUCCUGGAGGGAGUGUCCACGCUACUGCCGCCGUGCUGGCUGACCUCAUGGCAUACACCCAGAUAGAUAACCACUCCGCCCCCCCAGACGUGACUGGCCUAUUGGAACACUCGCUGCAUGCGGACAGAGACAGACCCCCGGUGGCGUCGGUGAAGGUGGUCCCCAGGGGGUACAACCACUCCGGCGUCAUGGAAACCGCUGAUGGUGUCCCAGUGAACAGCAGAGUGUCCUCUAAGAUCCAGCAGCUUCUCAACACUCUGAAGAGACCUAAGAGACCGUCACUUAGAGAGUUCUUCAUUGAUGACUUCGAGGAGCUUGUAGAUGUUCAGCAGCCGGACCCUAACCAGCCCAAGGCGGAGGGGAACCAGAUGUCCCCUCUAGCAGGCGAGCCUCUGGGUGUAGUGACCAACUGGCCUCCCUCCCUGCUGGCCUCCCUCCAGCGCUGGGGCAUCACCCAGCCCAGGAGCCCCUGUCUCACUGCCCUGGACAACGCUGGUAAACCAGUGUACACUCUUACCUACGGCAAGCUGUGGACACGCAGCCAGAAACUGGCCUUCACGCUUCUGAACAAACUGAGCACUAGGAACGAGCCACUACUGCUGCCUGGAGAUAGAGUUGCUCUAGUGUUCCCCAACAGUGACCCUGUGAUGUUUAUAGUGGCGUUCUAUGGAUGUCUGCUGGCAGAGCUGAUCCCUGUGCCCAUUGAGGUGCCCCUCACCAGGAAGGAUGCAGGCAGCCAGCAGAUAGGUUUCCUGUUGGGCAGCUGUGGGGUGACUCUGGCUCUGACUACUGAUGCCUGUCAGAAGGGCUUGCCUAAAGCACAGACUGGAGAGGUGGUCACGUUUAAAGGCUGGCCACGGUUGCUGUGGUUCGUAACAGAUGGGAAGCACGUUGCAAAGCCGCCCAAAGACUGGCACCCCACCAUCAGGGAAGCUAACAAUGAGAUUGCCUAUAUAGAGUACAAGACCAGUAAGGAGGGGAGCACAAUGGGUAUAACUGUCUCUCAUCCAGCCAUGCUAGCCCACUGUCACGCCCUCACACAGGCCUGUGGAUACACUGAGGCUGAGACCAUUUGCAACGUCCUGGACUUCAAGAGAGAUGCCGGCUUGUGGCACGGGGUUCUCACCAGUGUGAUGACCAGGAUGCACGUGAUCAGCAUCCCUUACUCCCUGAUGAAGGUCAACCCUCUCUCCUGGAUUCAGAAGGUCCACACUUACAAAGCACGCGUAGCUGUGGUGAAGUCCAGAGAUAUGCACUGGUCCCUGUUGGCCCAGAGAGACCAGAGAGACAUCAGCCUGAGCUCUCUGAGGAUGCUCAUUGUAACUGAUGGAGCUAACCCCUGGUCGAUAUCCUCGUGUGACGCCUUCCUGAACGUGUUCCAGGCACGUGGGCUAAGUCCUGAAGUGAUCUGUCCAUGUGCCUGCUCUGCUGAGGGCAUGACGGUCGCCAUCCGAAGACCUCCGGAGUCGGGCGUCCCUCCACCAGGGAAGGCAGUUCUGUCCAUGAGUGGUCUGAGCCACAGUGUGAUCCGGGUAGACACCGAGGAGAAGCUCUCUGUCCUCACAGUGCAGGACGUGGGCCAGGUCAUGCCAGGCGCGCUGGUGUGUGUGGUACGUGUGGAGGGAACUCCGUAUCUCUGCCAGACAGAUGAGGUGGGGGAGAUCUGUGUGAGUUCUGGGAGCACCGGCGUGGCAUACUACGGCCUCCCGGGCAUGACCAAGAACACAUUCCAGACCAUCCCAGUAAGAGCGUCAGGAGGUCCCAUCAGUGGCAGACCCUUCACCAGGACGUCACUACUGGGCUUUGUAGGACCUGACAACCUAGUGUUUAUCGUGGGUAGAAUGGACGGGCUGAUGACGGUGUGUGGGCGGAGACACAACGCUGAUGAUGUGGUUGCCACGGCGCUGGCAGUGGAGCCCAUGAAGUUUGUCUACAGGGGGAGGAUAGCAGUGUUCUCCGUCUCGGUUCUCCAUGAUGAGCGUAUUGUAGUGGUGGCAGAACAGAGACCAGAUGCUUCAGAGGAGGGCAGCUUCCAGUGGAUGAGCCGCGUUCUACAGGCUAUAGACAGUAUUCACCAGGUGGGGGUGUACUGCCUAGCUCUGGUCCCUGCCAACACGAUGCCCAAGGCUCCGCUGGGGGGGAUCCAUAUCUCAGAGACCAAACAGAGGUUUCUGGAAGGAGCUCUCCACCCCUGUAACGUCCUCAUGUGUCCUCACAGCUGUGUUACCAACCUGCCCAAACCACGGCAGAAACAACCAGAGGUGGGUCCUGCCUCUAUGAUCGUGGGGAACCUGGUAGCAGGGAAGAGGAUUGCUCAGGCCUGUGGGAGAGACGUGGCUCAACUAGAGGACAAUGACCAGGCACGUAAGUUCCUGUACAUGCAGGAUGUUCUCCAGUGGAGAGCCCAGGCCACACCUGACCAUCCCCUGUUCCUGGUGCUCAACGCCAAGGGCACAGUGUCCAGCACUGCUUCCUGUCUGCAGCUGCAAAAGCGGGCGGAGCGUGUUGCCAUGGCACUGAUAGAGAAGGGACGCCUCAACCCCGGAGAUCACGUAGCACUGGUUUACCCUCCAGGUAUUGACCUGAUCGCUACGUUCUAUGGGUGUCUGUACGCUGGCUGUGUUCCUGUCACCGUCAGACCCCCUCAUCCUCAGAACCUGGCCACCACCCUCCCCACCGUCAAGAUGAUUGUAGAGGUCAGUAAAUCGGUGUGUAUCCUGACCACCCAAGCAAUAAUGAAGCUGUUGAAGUCCAAAGAGGCUGCGGCUGCUGUGGACGUCAAGUCAUGGCCGAUGGUACUGGACACAGACGACCUCCCCAGGACGAAGAGGCUUCAGAUCUACAAACCUCCCACCCCAGAGAUGCUGGCAUACCUGGACUUCAGUGUGUCCACCAUGGGCAUCCUGGCUGGAGUCAAGAUGUCCCAUGCUGCCACCAGUGCCUUGUGUCGCUCCAUCAAGCUGCAGUGUGAGCUGUACCCGUCCCGCCAGAUAGCCAUCUGUCUGGACCCCUACUGCGGCCUGGGCUUCGCUCUCUGGUGCCUCAGCAGUGUAUACUCUGGCCACCAGUCGAUCCUGGUUCCUCCUCUAGAGUUGGACAGUAAUGUUUCUCUGUGGUUGUCAGCUGUCAGCCAGUAUAAAGUCAGAAUCACAUUCUGCUCCUACUCUGUCAUGGAGAUGUGUACCAAGGGCCUGGGGACACAGACUGAGACACUACGGUUGCGUAACAUAAACUUGUCGUGUGUUAGGACCUGUAUGGUUGUAGCAGAGGAGCGUCCUCGUAUCACUCUGACCCAGUCCUUCUCUAAGAUCUUUAAAGACCUGGGUUUGUCUCCUCGAGCCGUCAGCACCACCUUCGGCUGCAGGGUCAACAUGGCCGUCUGUCUGCAGGGUACGUCAGGACCAGACCCUACCACAGUCUACCUGGACAUGAGAGCUCUGAGACAUGAAAGGGUUCGUAUGGUAGAGAGAGGCUCUCCACACAGUCUGUCUCUCAUGGAGUCUGGCAAGAUCCUUCCUGGGGUGAAGGUGGUUAUCGCCAACACAGAGACCAAAGGACCUCUAGGAGACUCCCACCUGGGAGAGGUGUGGGUGAGCAGCCCCCACAAUGCAACAGGUUACUACACGGUGUAUGGAGAGGAUGCUCUGCAUGCGGACCACUUCAACACCAAGCUGAGCUUUGGAGACACGCAGACUGUCUGGGCCAGAACAGGAUACCUGGGUUUCCUACGACGCACUGAGCUCACCGACGCCAGCGGAGAACGUCACGAUGCUCUCUAUGUGGUGGGGUCUCUGGAUGAGACAUUGGAGCUGAGAGGGAUGAGGUAUCAUCCCAUCGACAUCGAGACAUCUGUUAUCCGCUCACACAAGAGCAUCGCUGAAUGUGCUGUGUUCACGUGGACCAACCUCCUGGUGGUAGUAGUGGAGCUGUCUGGGUCAGAGCAGGAGGCUCUGGACCUAGUUCCCCUGGUGACUAACGUGGUUCUGGAGGACCACUACCUGAUAGUGGGUGUAGUGGUGGUGGUGGAUCCAGGGGUUAUACCUAUCAACUCAAGAGGAGAGAAACAGAGGAUGCACUUACGGGAUGGCUUCCUGGCUGACCAGCUGGACCCCAUUUAUGUGGCCUACAAUAUGUAAACAACAACAUGUCAACAAGAUGUAAACACCUGGACCCCGUCUAUGUAACAUGUAAACAGAGGAGGAGGAGGAGGGAGAGCCGCUCAGAGAAUGAGAAAUGGACUAUGGACCACACAGCAGAAAUGGACUAUGGACCACACAGCAGAAAUGGACUAUGGACCACACAGCAGAAAUGGACUAUGGACCACACAGCAGAAAUGGACUAUGGACCACACAGCAGAAAUGGACUAUGGACCACACAGCAGAAAACUCUUGGUGUCCCUGUUUGAGUCCCAGCAGAAUAGUGAUGGGUCUUGGUGGGGCUGUACAGUCAGAAUAGUGGUGGGGCUGUACAGUCAGAAUAGUGGUGGGGUUGUACAGUCAGAAUAGUGGUGGGGCUGUACAGUCAGAAUAGUGGUGGGGUUGUACAGUCAGAAUAGUGGUGGGGUUGUACAGUCAGAAUAGUGGUGGGGCUGUACAGUCAGAAUAGUGGUGGGGCUGUACAGUCAGAAUAGUGAUGGUCUUGGUGGGGCUGUACAGUCAGAAUAGUGGUGGGGCUGUACAGUCAGAAUAGUGGUGGGGCUGUACAGUCAGAAUAGUGGUGGGGCUGUACAGUCAGAAUAGUGAUGGUCUUGGUGGGGCUGUACAGUCAGAAUAGUGAUGGGUCUUGGUGGGGCUGUACAGUCAGAAUAGUGAUGGGUCUUGGUGGGGUUGUACAGUCAGAAUAGUGGUGGGGUUGUACAGUCAGAAUAGUGAUGGUCUUGGUGGGGUUGUACAGUCAGAAUAGUGGUGGGGCUGUACAGUCAGAAUAGUGAUGGUCUUGGUGGGGCUGUACAGUCAGAAUAGUGAUGGGUCUUGGUGGGGUUGUACAGUCAGAAUAGUGGUGGGGCUGUACAGUCAGAAUAGUGAUGGUCUUGGUGGGGCUGUACAGUCAGAAUAGUGAUGGGUCUUGGUGGGGCUGUACAGUCAGAAUAGUGAUGGGUCUUGGUGGGGCUGUACAGUCAGAAUAGUGAUGGGGCUGUACAGUCAGAAUAGUGAUGGUCUUGGUGGGGCUGUACAGUCAGAAUAGUGGUGGGGCUGUACAGUCAGAAUAGUGGUGGUCUUGGUGGGGCUGUACAGUCAGAAUAGUGGUGGGGCUGUACAGUCAGAAUAGUGGUGGGGCUGUACAGUCAGAAUAGUGAUGGUUCUUGGUGGGUCUGUACAUUCAGAAUAGUGAUGGGCCUUGGUGGGGCUGUAUAGUCAGAAUAGUGAUGGUCUUGGUGGGGCUGUACAGUCAGAAUAGUGAUGGUCUUGGUGGGGCUGUACAUUCAGAAUAGUGAUGGGGCUGUACAGUCAGAAUUGUGAUGGGGCUGUACAGUCAGAAUAGUGAUGGGUCUGUACAGUCAGAAUAGUGAUGGGUCUUGGUGGGGCUGUACAGUCAGAAUAGUGAUGGUCUUGGUGGGGCUGUACAGUCAGAAUAGUGAUGGUCUUGGUGGGGCUGUACAGUCAGAAUAGUGAUGGGUCUUGGUGGGGUUGUACAUUCAGAAUAGUGAUGGGGCUGUACAUUCAGAAUAGUGAUGGUCUUGGUGGGGCUGUACAGUCAGAAUAGUGAUGGUCUUGGUGGGGCUGUACAGUCAGAAUAGUGAUGGUCUUGGUGGGACUGUACAUUCAGAAUAGUGAUGGGACUGGAGGAGCAGGCAGGGGACUAGAUGGGACUGGAGGAGCAGGCAGGGGACUAGAUGGGACUGGAGGAGCAGGCAGGGGACUAGAUGGGACUGGAGGAGCAGGCAGGGGACUGGAGGUGCAGGCAGGGGACUGGAGGAGCAGACAGGGGACUGGAGGAGCAGGCAGGGGACUAGAUGGGACUGGAGGAGCAGGCAGGGGACUAGAUGGGACUGGAGGAGCAGGCAGGGGACUGGAGGAGCAGGCAGGGGACUAGAUGGGACUGGAGGAGCAGGCAGGGGACUAGAUGGGACUGGAGGAGCAGGCAGGGGACUGGAGGAGCAGGCAGGGGACUAGAUGGGACUGGAGGAGCAGGCAGGGGACUGGAGGAGCAGGCAGGGGACUGGAGGAGCAGACAGGGGACUGGAGGAGCAGGCAGGGGACUAGAUGGGACUGGAGGAGCAGGCAGGGGACUAGAUGGGACUGGAGGAGCAGGCAGGGGACUGGGGAAGCAGGCAGGGGACUGGAGGAGCAGGCAGGGGACUGGAGGAGCAGACAGGGGACUGGAGGAGCAGGCAGGGGACUAGAUGGGACUGGAGGAGCAGGCAGGGGACUAGAUGGGACUGGAGGAGCAGGCAGGGGACUGGAGGAGCAGGCUAAUGCCAACACUGUGGAGGAGAUGGGAGGGACUGAUUGUUCAUUGGGUUCCUUUAACAAUGUUAUGUUACACUUUUAUAUCAUACACUUAUUGGUACUUCAAGGCAUGAAGAGUUGAAGACACAUUUCAUGUCCUCCUUGGUCUCAGCAGACCAUUCCAAAAAUAACUGUUGAAACAGUCCAAAACAGAGACCUUUAACGUAUAAAAUAUGUAAUAUAUUAUUCCAACACUAAUUGUUUCAGACUUCAUGUAAUCAGUUGAUACUCUGGCAAAUAACAUCAUUUGAAUUUAACAUGAUAAACUUGCCACAUGUUUUAAAUGAGGCCUUAAGUAUUCCCAGAUGUCUGAUUUUACUUGUGUUGAUGUGAGGCAGCUGGUUGGCAGAGGAGGAGGUCAGGUUGAAUGAUUAGCCCUUGUGCACGUCCCAAUAUCUCCUGAAGUGUGCGCUUGUUCACUACUUCCCACAAAUCUAAAAGCAUUGUACUGGGAGUUUCCACCAUAUUUGUUAUACCAGUCAUUUCCUUUCUAAUCAGUGGAGGGAUGUGAACACGUUCACACUUUAAACAUUUGGAGCAUAGCCCUUCUCUCUGUGUGGCUGAAACAUGAAUACUCUUUCAUUGUUUGUAUCUAGUGGAAUCGGGAGGUAUUUUUGCUGAAGAUAUUAUGAAUAAAAAGCUCACAGAUCACAUGGAGACAUGGGGUCUGAUGAGGGCCAGGCGGUGACAUAUUACAUGAUUCUCUCAGAAGACUUCUCUAAUGAGUGAGAGGUUGCAGUUGUUCCUCUACCGUCAUCCAUCAUACCUGCUAUGUUAAGACCACUCCUCUGUAUCCAUAGUGCAUCCUGUUGGCCCAGGCAACAGCCUGCUGUAAGUAUGUACAGAGUUAUGUAAGUUAAUAUUAUUGGGCCCCAGAUAGAGCCUCUUGCUCUGGGUACAUGGGUCAUGUGUGGGAAGAUACUGAAGAUGUUUCAGAUGAACCUCCAGACUAACGACAUAUUAACAUGUUACUGUCUGAAGACAACAGAACAAAAGGAAAGAAGCCUUGUAAUAUGUAUUGUAUGAACACUGAGGACUGGCAACUGCAAGGAGGCAACACCCUGGGGACUGGCUACUGCAGGGAGGCAACCAAGCAACACCCUGGGGACUGGCUACUGCAGGGAGGCAACCAAGCAACACCCUGGGGACUGGCUACUGCACGGAGGCAACCAAGCAACACCCUGGGGACUGGCUACUGCAGAGCGACAACCAAGCAACACCCUGGGGACUGGCUACUGCACGGAGGCAACCAAGCAACACCCUGGGGACUGGCUACUGCAGAGCGACAACCAAGCAACACCCUGGGGACUGGCUACUGCACGGAGGCAACCAAGCAACACCCUGGGGACUGGCUACUGCAGAGCGACAACCAAGCAACACCCUGGGGACUGGCUACUGCACGGAGGCAACCAAGCAACACCCUGGGGACUGGCUACUGCAGAGCGACAACCAAGCAACACCCUGGGGACUGGCUACUGCAGGGAGGAAACCAAACAACUUUCUGACAGACUGUUCUGAUGAAUGGUGACAUCUGUCAUCCUGGAGAUAUUUUGAGGACAUUCUGUUUGUGUAAAGAUUCAUGUGUCUAUGGUUUGUUGUCAUUAUUUUCACAACAUGCUUUCUUAAUAAAUACAAUACUUUUAUCACA